GUUUGGGAAGAAGCCAAGCCGAUACACAUGAUAAGCGAAGGAAAGACCCCUAUUUUAUGAUGCUUGGGGAAUGCAAGUUUGAUCGAGGAUUGGAGAGGAGAGGUGAAAGAAAAGGCUCGGGAUGGAUUUAGUAGCCUUUGUGCAAGCCGUAUGUUGUGAGAGUCAAGUACAAUAACAAGGGGGAAUGUUCACCCGCUUUAAAAAUGAACAAACAGAAUUGAACUCUGUUUCUUUUGCCACAAGACUUCCUUCACUCUGAUCAUUUCAAAGCUGAUCAAUAGUAGUACUACCUGCGAUAUUAGCGAAGCUUGCCUAAAAUGUACGCAACACUGUGGUGAACAAUUAAAUAGAAAGGAGGAAGUUACAAAGUUGACUUUGUGAUCAUCUCGUUGACUUUGUGAAAAUUUUGCUACAAAGUUGACUACAUGCUUCCAAACUUUCUCUAAUUUCUCUCUCUCAUCCGUCUCUCACUCUUCAAGCUUCUUCCAAUGGCCGCUCCAAGAACCCACGAAGCCUCCACUUCCACCUCCCGCCACGCCUACCAAGUCUUCUUGAGCUUCCGAGGCAAAGACCUCCGCAAGACCUUCAUCGACCACCUCCACACAUCCCUAACCCAAGCCGGAAUCCACACCUUCAAAGACGACGACGAAAUCGAAACAGGCCAAGACAUCGAGUCCGAGCUCCAAAAAGCAAUUUCCCAAUCCAAGAUUUCACUCGUAGUUUUCUCCAAAGGCUACGCUUCCUCCACGUGGUGCCUCGAUGAGCUGGUGAAGAUCGCGGAGCGCCGGAGGGUUUGCGGGCAGGUUGUUUUGCCUGUUUUCUACGACGUGGACCCGUCUCAUGUGAGGAAACAGAGUGGGGCGUUUUUACAAGCGUUUGGUAGGCAUGAAGAAGAGGCGGGGACUGAUGAGAAGAAGGAAAGGGUGAAGAGAUGGAGGGAGGCUCUCACAGAAGUUGCUAAUCUUGGAGGGAAGGUUUUGGAAAAUGAAGCUGAUGGGCAUGAGUCGAAAUUUAUCCAGGAAAUCGUUAAACAGAUUUCAAGUAAGUUGAAUCGCACAGUUUUGAAUGUUGCAUCGCACCAAGUUGGUAUUGAUGCUCGCGUCAAGAACAUUGAUUUGUGGCUACAAGAUGGGUCGACUGAAGUUGGUGUAUUGGCGAUUUAUGGUAUGGGUGGAAUAGGGAAGACCACAAUUGCCAAAACUGCUUAUAACCAAAACUUCGACAAAUUUGAUGGCAGUAGCUUUCUUGCAAAUGUUAGAGAAGCUUCAGAACAACCCAAUGGUUUGGUUCGUUUACAAAGGCAACUUCUCUCGGAUAUUUUGAAGAAGAAGGUCGAAAAGGUACACAAUGUUGAUGAAGGAGUCAUUAAGAUUAAAAAUGCUGUAAACUGCAAAAGAGUUCUUCUUGUUCUUGAUGAUGUUGAUGAUUUAGAUCAAUUAAACGCUGUAACGGGGAUGCGACAAUGGUUUUAUCCCGGAAGUAAAAUUAUCAUAACAACUAGACAUGAGCGAUUGCUCAAGGCUCAUGAGGUGUGUGAGAUGUAUAAGGUUCAGGAACUGGAUGAUAAAGAAUCACUUCAGCUCUUUAGUUGGCAUGCCUUUGGACAAGACCAUCCAAUAGAAGGUUACGUUGAGCUCUCAGAAAGAGUUCUACAGCAUUGUGGAAGGAUUCCUUUAGCACUUCAAGUAUUGGGAUCUUCAAUGUCUGGAAGAAACAUAGAUGUUUGGGAGAGUGCAAUAAAGAAAUUGGAAGCAAUUCCAGACAGUCAAAUCCUUAAAAAGCUUAAGGUAAGCUAUGAUUCUCUAGAUGAUGACCAUGACAAGAACUUAUUCCUCGACAUUGUCUGCUUCUUUAUUGGAAAGGACAAAGAUUACGUGGUUCGAAUACUAGACGAAUGUGAUUUUUUCACCAUAGUUGGGAUUCAAAAUCUUAUUGAACGCUGUCUCUUAAUGAUUGGUGAAGAUAAUAAGAUGAAGACGCACGACUUGAUUCGGGACAUGGGAAGAGAGAUUGUUCGCCAAGAAUCACCAGAGGAGCCCGGGCAGCGUAGCAGAAUAUGGAAUCACAAUGAUUCGCUUUCCGUAUUAUCUGAGAAAACGGGUACAGAAACAGUCAAAGGUCUUGUGCUUGACAUGCAAAUGUUUAUGGAAGGCCAGUCUGUUGGACAAAUCUUCAGUAGUGAAUCUAAUGACGCAAAAAGAAAGCGUACCCAAGAAUUUCUUGACGAAUUACUGUUGAUAGACCAAGGUAGGUCAUUGAAACGAAGACGGCUUGACUUAUCAAGGCACUCAAUAGAUGCUCUCUCAAAAAUUGCUAAUGAAGCAGGCUUGAAAACUGAUGCAAUUGCGAGGAUGCACGAAUUGAGACUACUUCUGCUCCAUUAUGUUAAGCUCACUGGCUGCUAUAAGGAAUUUCCUAAAAAAUUGAAAUUGGUCUACUGGCGCGGAUUUCCUUUAAAAUCUAUACCCAAUGAUUUUCCCCUUGAAAGCCUGGUAGCUCUUGAAAUGCGUAACAGCAGCUUGAAACAAGUUUGGAGCGGAACCAAGGUGCUUAAGUUAUUGAGAUUUCUUAAUCUGAGUCAUUCCCAUAGUCUUACUAAAACCCCUGAUUUCUCCAGACUCCCUAAACUCGAAAGGUUGAUUCUGAAAGAUUGCAUAAGAUUGGUUGAAGUUCAUGAAUCCAUUGGAGAACUGGAACGAUUGGUUUUUCUAAAUCUAAGAGAUUGCACAAAUCUUCGAAAGCUUCCAAAAAGCAUUUGUCAGUUGAAUUCCCUUGAAAAACUCAUUCUCUCUGGUUGCUCAAAUCUCAUUGAGUUGCCUAUUGAACUUGGAAAGCUUGAAUCCUUGACAGUUCUCCAUGCAGACAAAGUUGCUGUUAACCAAUUGGUGCCUACCACCGGUGAGGUGAAAUCAUGGAAGGCUCGCUUCUGGUCUUGGGUAUCCAAACGAAGUAGAAGCCCAGAGUCCAUCGGAUUUUUUUUGGCUACUUUAUCACACUCAUUAGUGAAAUUAAGCCUUGCAAACUGCAACCUUUCAAAUGAUGCCAUUCCCAUUGAUCUUAAUAGCCUGUCUUUGUUGCAGUACUUGAAUCUUAGUGAAAACCCAAUUAAUACCCUACCGGAGAGCAUCAAAGGUCUUUGUAUGCUCCGAGACCUUUGGGUAGAUUCAUGCACUGGCCUCCAAUCACUUCCUGAACUUCCCUCGAGUUUAGUCACGCUCAAGGCAGUACAUUGCACAUCUUUGAAAAGAAUAACAAAUCUACCAAACCUGUUGAAGUCGCUGUUUUUGGAUGUUAGCGAGUGUAACAACCUAGUUGAGGUCCAGGGAUUGUUCAAGUUAGCACCCAUAGGAGACUUUUUUCCGGAAAUGAUCAAUGAUUUGGGAUUGUUCAACACGGAAUUGAUUGGAAACAAAGAGGUGGAAUUGUUCAACAAUAUGACAAAAACAAGAAUCAGAUGUACUGUGCAGGUGCGCUCUCUCUCUCUCUCUCUCUCUCUCUCGCGCCCGCAUAUGCUACCUGAAACGUGGAUGGAUCUAGUAUCCUUGGAUUUUGAUUUUAAUACUGUCACUCUCUUUGGGCAGGGACUUUAUGAGUUUGGGAUAUUCAGCUCAUCUCUCCCUGGGAAUGAGAUACCCGACAGGUUCAGCCAGCGGGCUAAAGGAAACUUCAUAUCAUUCAAUGUGCCUUCAGAACCUAAUCUCAAGAUGCGAGGCUUCAGUAUAUGCUUCGUCUACUCACGUUCCAAGGAUCGCACAUUCCGGUUUUGGGGUGAAUCUUCAUCCAGAAACUGGUAUUCGUAUUUCAUCAAAAUCAGCAAUAAGACCAGGGGUCAGAAAUGGAUAUAUAGCCCCACUUUCCUUGGUAUUCCAAGUGCUGGAGAAGAUAUGACAUGUCUAAGUCAUUGGAAGUUUGAGAAUCAGCUGGCAGAUGGUGAUGAAGUGAGUGUAUCGGUGGUUGGGUUGAGUGUUACUUUUCGCAUAAAGGAAUGUGGGAUCAGCUUCGUGUACGAGGAGCAAAAACAGCAGAAGGGAACACCAACAAAGAGUGAAGAAGAAGUAGAAGAAGAACAAGUAAUUAAACCUGUCGAUGCCCGUCCUUUUCAAAACACGAUUGAUGGUCUUUUGUCUGCGUAUCAGCUGAGGAGUGGUGAAUAUUUCCUCUCACACCCUGAGUACUUCAUACUCGCGGAAGGUUCAAACAAUAGUGAUGCAGUUAGGUCUGUUUUGUAUGAAAACUUAUUUCAAGACAAUGUGCAAUGUACAGGGUCUACAUAUGAGGGAGGCGAAGAAGUAGAUGAUGAGAGUGAAGAUUAUUUUGAUGAUGACACUUAUGACGACGUAGAUGAGGAGGAGUUGAUGACCAUAUUGGGUUGGAAGAUUUUCUCUAGUCAAACACCACUCCCCAUCCCACUCUUUCCAUCACCUGCUUUGAUCCAAGAGCUUCAGAUGGGAGAUGAAGACUACUUACCAAGAAAACGGCUACACCAGCAUUCCCAUAUGCCGUACAAGCUCAAACUGCUGGUCCUGGCCAUAAUAUCCAACCUCCUGACCACUACCUACAUCCUCAGUGAUGGACCCAGCUCCUUCAACCUCCACCCAAUUUCCAAAUACACUCAACACCUCUCCAUCCCUCUCCGCUGGAAGCCCUCCUCCGCUCUCCUCCGCGAGCUCAACGCCACCCACCGCCAAGUCACCGCCACUCACCGCCUACUCACUGCCACCUUUCGCCAACUCACCGCCAACCAACGCCAACUCAAGGCCACCCACCGCAAACUCACCGCCAGUCGCUCCCAGAUCGACGAGUUGACCAAGCAGCUGAAGCUCAACAAUUUUAUAGUGGGAGCACUCGUAAAGGAUCUCCGCCGCCUCAAAAAUCCUACUUCAGCCAACCAAAUCAUCAACGACCCCUCGAUUCUUAACUACAUUAAUGGUCUUCCUAACGAAACAAAGCUCGCCAUCGGGCCCCACAAACUCCCGCUUGGGCACUCGUCCCAAAUGGGAUCCGACCAGCUCUACCUUCCCAUUGGAGGAGCUUGUUUGGAGUACAAAGACGAGUUAACUCAGUACAUGACAUAUACAGUUGGAGGUGAGUGUCCGGUUGAUGACGUGUUUGCCCAACGACUCAUGCUGAAGGGGUGCGAGCCACUCCCCAGGCGUCGGUGCCACCCAAAGGCACCAGCCGGAUAUAUCAAUCCCACACCAUUGCCGGGCAGCCUCUGGGCGACCCCACCCGACACGAGCAUUGUGUGGGACCCAUACACUUGUAAAAACUACCAGUGCCUCAUUGACAGGGAAAAAACACAAGGGUUCUCUGAUUGCAAGGACUGUUUCGACUUACAGGAGAGAGAGAAGAGCCGGUGGCUCUUCGACGGAGGCCUCGACUACGGGAUCGACCAAGUACUGAGCACGAAACCCCAUGGCACGAUCCGCAUCGGGCUCGACAUAGGCGGAGGGUCCGGCACGUUUGCCGCCCGAAUGAAGGAAAGGGAUGUGACCAUCAUAACCAUUUCGAUGAAUUUUGACGGGCCAUCCAACAGCUUCAUUUCGUCGCGUGGGCUGUUGUCCAUGCAUCUGAGCAUCUCUCAGCGGCUCCCCUUUUUCGAGAACACGUUAGACAUAGUGCACUCGAUGCACGUCCUGAGCAACUGGAUACCAGAUGCGAUGCUCGAGUUCACCCUGUAUGAUAUAUACAGGGUUUUGAGGCCCGGGGGAUUACUGUGGCUUGACCAUUUCUUCUGCUUGGGGCACCAGCUGAAUGCGACGUACAUUCCGAUGCUGGAUGGAGUUGGGUUCAAGAGACUCAGGUGGAAUGUUGGUUUGAAGCUUGAUCCCCGGGUGGAUGAGAAUGAGUGGUACUUCUCGGCCCUGUUGGAGAAACCGAUGAGUUAGUAACUAUACUGAAAAUGGCUUCUUUGUUAGAGAUAGGACAGAUUUGUGACUACAAAAGCAUAUUCUAUCUGGAAAUCCAUUGAAUGGUUCAACAUGAAUUUGGUUUAGAUCCCCCAGGCAUGAUUACUGACCUGACCUGAGUUACGACGAUAAAUCAAGGAGUUUUAUGAGCUUGCGAUGACUGAUAGUUUUUUUGUUGAUGAAGCCAGUACCGUGCCAUUCUACUAAUCGAAACGAAUCAUGGGAGGGCCUUACGGCUCUAGAAAUUUAAAAUCAACGAAUGCAAUAGUUACUAUGUAGAACCGAUUGUUCAUUUGUGGAGAUCAAAUUGU